AAAACCCGUAGGCUUGUUAAAAAAAGUGCAUUGGACAGAGACACACGACCAUCAAAGUAGCCUCUUUCUUCUUCCUGUCCAGAAAAUAUUAUUCAUUCUUCAAACUCUUCCUUGCAUCCAUUCUUUCUGCCUUGCAUAGGAAUACUUCUAUCAAGCUCAUCAACUUCACAUCAAUAUAUUUAUUUACCUCUUCAUGGCAAUUUUGGUGUGUUUUCUGCUUUUCCUAGCUUUGACUGGCCAUUCAAGUGCUCUGUACUGUGUAUGCAGAGAUGGUGUGGGUGAUCAACUCCUUCAGAAAGCAAUAGAUUAUGCUUGUGGAGCUGGAGCAGAUUGUACUCCUAUUCUCCAAAACGGAGCUUGUUUCCAACCCAACACUGUGAAGGAUCACUGUAACUAUGCGGUUAAUAGCUAUUACCAGAGAAAGGGUAAUGUUCAAGGGAGCUGUGAUUUUUCUGGCUCUGCAUCAACAAGUCCAACACCACCUACUACAUCAUCAUCUGCAUGUGUUUUCCCCUCAAGUCCUGGAAGCGCAGGAACCAGUCCAUCAACCGGUUCACCAGGCACAACUCCAGGCACCGGGACGGGAACCGGCAAUGGCACUGGCACCGGGACGGGAACCGGAACUGGCACUGGAACAGGAACCGGCACCGGCACUGGCACUACAACAGGUAGUCCUACUGUGUUUGGAAUAAGUCCAACAGCUACAACUGGUACUGGUGGCAGCCUUGACAGUGCAGCUGUAGUGUCUUAUUUGGAAGGCACCAACACCAAGUUGCUAUUGCCGUUUUUUCUAACCUUCUAUUUAGCCUUAAGGGUCUAAAAGUACAGUGUUAAAAGUGGCUAGGAAAACUUUUGGGUUUGAUGUGAGGAUGAGAUUUGCAACAACAUGAUGGGUAUGAUAUAAUUUUACUUCUAAGAAUUGUCCCCAAGCAAACCCGUUUUUUGUUUUCUUGCUCCCAUGUGACAGAAAAGUAUAGGGAAUUUGAUUCCUUGUUUAGUGAAUGUAUAUUUCGAUUAUGAAUAUUUAUGGGGGUUAAAAGUAGAAGUAGAACCUGAUCAGUUUCCUUUUGGCUUUUCGCCAUUUGUAUAUGCAAGACUAUGACUGGCAUUGUUUUUUAAUAUAAUGGAAUCUGGCUACCCGAUUUAUAAUCUA